GAGAUUUUGGGAGUUUAGAGGACGUUUUAGGGGGAAAGAAGGGAUUUUGAAGGUUUGGAAGAGGAUUUUGGACUGGGUUGAGUUUGUGGGAUUUUAGAGGGUGUUUUGGGCGGUUUUGGGUGGUUUAGGUUGAUAAUCAAGCAAAUAGGUUUGUAUUAGUAAUAUAUUUUCUAGAAGAUUUGAUAUAUUUUUAUAAUUUAGAAAUAAUUAAAAGUAUCACGUUCUCAAAAUUUCUGAUCUAAAUGUGGAAAAUAAUCUAUCAGAAAACUAGGAUAUCUUGUAUUAAUAAUAUAUAAAACUAUUUCAUAAUAAAUAUUAAAAAUUUGGAUGAAUAUUUUUGACUCAGAGCUUUACUUGACCGAUAAUUGAUUUGGAUUCCCUUCAGAGCAAUGGAACAACGACCUACCUUCUCUUAGACUGGGAGAUUUUGAGAUUCAUGAUAUCCCAGAUGCUAGUAACGAUCUAGAGAGUUGUGCAAGAGACACAACACAAAGUGGACAAAAAUCGAUUAAAAAGAGGGAAAAUAAGAAGCAACGGACUGAAGAAGAAAAUAAAGAAAGGAAUCGCUUAAGAGCUAAACUGACUAGGAAAAGGAAAGCUAACUUCUACAAAGACUUAGAAGAACGGAAUAAUAUGCUAGAGCAAGAGAAUCAGAGACUAAGAAAAGAAAUUGAGGAAUUUAAGAAGAAGGAAUACCAAUGGUCCCUUGGAAUGGAAUUUAGUCCUCAAGCAGAGAAUAAAUCAUUUGAAGAAGAGAGUUUACAUUCAGGAAAUUUUAUCAAAAAUUAUCUUAAAAGAGAGGGACCAAAUGGAGAGAAGACUAAAGCUGCUAUAAAGAAUGCUUUUAAGAUCAUCUUGGAAAGCUGAGUAACUACUGAACUCCAGCCUUUUCUUACUUGCCAUGAAAACCCACUUCAUUUGGAAUGGACAGAGCUCAAUAAAAUACCAAAGAUGAUGAAAUUCCAUUGGAACCAUUACCAGAAAGAAAACAAGGUUUCGGAUUUUGAAAAAAUUUUCUCUCAUAUGAAAUUAAAGAAGCUUCAGCAUAAAAGAUUUUUAAAAUUAGUCCAAUGCCGGCUUCAAACUCUUGCUCUUAAGUAUGAAUCAACUAUUCGUAAUCUUAUGAUUACAUUCCAAAAUCUCAGUAGCAAUUCUAUUGAAUUUGAAGAAAUCCUUCUCGACUGUCUUAAAGACGAAAUCCUCACAGAACCUCAACUACACACUUUCAUCAAAGAAUCUCAAACAACCGGUGCGAACCACCUAUGGAACUCACACAUAAACCAUCUCCAAACCCCCUCCAAACCCUCAUUUCCCCCCUCUGAGGCAUAAUCCAUCUAAUUUCCCCUAAAAAUCCUCCAAA